AUCAAGAAUCUUAUAUAUAUAUAUAUAUGUGGAACGACUCGCCCAGUUGAAGUAAAGUUAAUCCGGCGAUCCACACACAUUUCAGAGAAUAUUUGACGACAAAUACAUAAUUUACUAUUGCAACCAUGUCGACAAGCAAGAUUAUAAAAAAGAUAAUUUCUACUGCAAAAGCUCCAAAGCCAAUUGGACCAUAUAGUCAAGCAGUCUUGGCAGAUCGCACUCUGUACCUGUCUGGAAUGCUCGGUAUAGAUCCUAAAACACAGAAACUCGUUGAUGGAGAUGCCACAGCUCAAGCUAGACAAGCUCUUACCAAUAUAAAAAAUCUUUUGGAAGAAGCUGGAUCCAGUCUUGAAAAAGUUGUAAAGACAACCAUCCUAUUAAAUAAUUUGGAUGAUUUUGGUGGAAUAAACGAAGUUUACAAAGAAUUUUUUACAGCAAAUUAUCCAAGUAGGACUACGUAUCAAGUUGCCAAACUGCCUCUGAACGCACAAUUGGAGAUCGAAAUUAUUGCCAUUACCGAUGAAGUUCAGAUUCUAUGAAUGAAAGAAUAUCUUGUAAAAAAUAAAAAAAUAUAAAUAUCCUUUUGUAUAUCUUGUAUUAAAAUAGAAGAAAAUAUUUACAAUUA